AAACGGGACAGAGAGCACCCUGCUACAUUUCCUCCUCGCGGGGUUGGCGUGCGGGUGGUAGAGCCAAGUGAGCUGUCACGAUGCAGGUGCUUCUCCAGAGCAGCCGGCUGGUCCUGGCUCUCACCCUCAUCCUCGUUUUGAGUUCUUCGGUUCAAGGUUUUCCUGUGCGGAGAGCCAGGUACCAGUGGGUCCGCUGCAGUCCCGACAGUAAUUCUGCAAACUGCAUUGAUGAGAGGGGACCAGUGUUUGACCUGCUUCCCGAUGAACCCAACAGAAUCCUCCCUCCAAGGACUGACCCUUUUUCAAUGACAAGAUCCCAGAACUUGAAUGAUGUCUUCCCUCUUUCUGAGGACUAUUCUGGAUCAGGCUUUGGAUCAGGAUCUGGAAGCGGCUCUGAAAGUAGCUUCCUAACCAACAUCGAACAGGAAUACCAACCAGCAGAUGAAAAUAAUGCUUUUCUUUACAACUUUAGGUCUCUCGAGGGAAAUCUGCCCUCUGACAACCAGGACUUGGGUCAAGAUGGAUCAGAGGAGAAUUUUAUUAUGUAAAAGAGAGGGUCUCCUCCCUUGAUGCUGGGCAAUGCAUUCAGUAUAUUUUGUGUACCAUGGUUAAAAGGUUAAUUUGGGGACAAAAAGUUUUAUAGAAAUUUUAAAACUUUUGAAAAAGAAGUUUAAGUUUUAUCACCUUUUUUUUCUCAUGAAUUCUUAAAGUCUACUUUAUCUACCCUAUUGUCCUGGAAAAUACCUGCAUUUCCUUUGUAUCACAUUCAACCAACAUCACUAUGAUUUAACUAGACUCCUCAUGUCUAUUAAAUUGCUUUAAAGAAUAAAUUAUACUGUUUGUAAAAAAUUCAGUUUGAGAAGAAAAUUGACAGGCAGGGGUUGAUACUAAAGUCUUCAGGAACCUGACUGUUGUGAAUUAUAGAUACACCCCUUUGUUAUGACAAAACCCGGGUGAAACACACAGUGAGUUCAGAGUGAGUAUUUGACAUGUUUUGCUGUGUGAAGUGCACUGCUCUAAUGUUACCAUUGAUGUGUUUGCAGAGCUAGUAGACACCGUGUGUUUAGAAGUGUGAUUGCUGUUAUUAGAAACUUAAGACCCAAAUGAAAGCACAUUGUGCUCUCAGGACUUCACACCACUUUACCUUUUUUCCUGUAUAUCUGUGUAUUUUCAAAUGUUACUCUAUUAAAGCAGAAGUAUAAUCAAA